UGAUCUCCCAAGAAAUGUAGUUGCAGUCCGCGGCCACCAUGAUGGAACCCCCGGUGCUCAUCGUGACCGUCAGGUGACGCGUUCUUUGGUGCUAGUUACUUGUAUCUAGCAUUACAAGUAGCAGUUUACGGAGGAAUGAAAAACUACCAAGUUGUUCCAUCAGGAAUGAAGACGGUCUUUCUGCGAGCCUCAACGCCGUCGUUGAGCAGCACGGCCCCUUUCUGGCUGCAUCAGGAUAGCGCGCGGCUUCAUCAGAACAGAUGCUUCAGGCAGCGUGUCAGUGUGGCCGAUUUCUUCGCUGUUGACACAAUCCAUGCAGCGUCAUCACGGGCGCGGCCGCAAGGCAGAGGAGUAUGUGGGAGACAGGCUUGCACGGGUAUAGUAGUACCAACAUCAAGUGGAAGGGCAAUAGACGGUAACGGAGCAUUUGUUCUCGGUACAAAUAAAAAUAUGGGCAAAAGUAUUAUACUGGGAACCACUACCACCACCACCUUACCACCAGCUGCGCCGUCCUUUCCAUCAGCACGGAGUCUGACCAUAAUCGCAGGCAGAAAACCUAGUUUCUCAACAUUCUUUUAUCCAUUCUUGCAGCAGGAGUCUUCACGUCCCAAUCUCAGGGCCGCAUCAAAAUUCUGCAUGAUUAAUGCUAAUUUCCCGACGCCAGGAGCAGCAGGUGCGGGUGCGGCGCCAGGUCUAGAUGAUGCGAGUAUGUUGAUGUGGAGAACGCAGCGACGCUUUGUAAACACGAAUCGACGCCAGAGAGUAGCAAUAAGAAAGUACCACUACAUUCGCAAUUUCAAGAAGGCACAGGCCUACAACAAGAUCCCCAUCUACUACGGCCCGAUUUCUAUGCGCCCAGCAACGGAGAACGACAAAAGGCGUACAAUCAUUCGCCAUUACCUUAGGUCACCAAGGAUCAAAGUAUUCAAAAGACAGAGGUAGAAGAACAAUGAAGUAGCAUUCAGGUGCUGAUCGCAAAAAGUGGAUGUUGUAGACUGACAACAUCGACGUCGUCACUGCUACUACACUAUGCUCGAAGAUGAAUUCUAUCUGGGUCCACUUCAUAAUACACGUAUUACAUGGUCAUCAAUGAGAGGACAACUUUCCUGAGUAUGUUCGCCUCGCAGCAAAGAAUUUUGUGCGGUCGACCGAGAACCUUACCUAUCUCUGAAAACGUGG